GACGGAGAGCCGCUUAAUUUUCUUUCAAGUCGUCACAACAGACAGUCCUUCACCCUGCCAGCAGGAGGUUUAAAUUGACAACUUUCAGCACAAUCUUUCUCUCUAAGGGCAGGAAACACCGUGCGGAGACUGGGCAGACCACAGCAAACAAUUGCUUUUUGGACUUUUUUUAAUUGGAACCACCACUUGCUGGAAGCUCCCCAAUCCCCCGCUGUCACAAUGAGCGCCUGCAGCAGGAAAGCACUGACAUUGCUGAGCAGUGUCUUUGCAAUCAGUAGCCUGGGGCUGCUGGGAGUGGCAGUCAGCACCGACUACUGGCUGUACCUGGAGGAGGGCGUCAUUAUGCCUCUGAACCAGAGCACUGACAUCAAGACUUCGCUGCACUCUGGCCUCUGGAGGGUCUGCUUCCUGGCUGGUGGUGAGUCCGGCCGCUGCUUUACCAUCGCAUAUAUCAUGCCCAUGAAUGUCCAGUUGACAUCAGAGUCCACAGUAAAUGUGCUCAAGAUGAUCCGCUCAGCCACUCCUUUCCCUUUGGUCAGCCUCUUCUUCAUGUUCAUUGGCUUCGUCCUCAACAACAUCGGGCACGUUCGUCCUCACCGCACCAUCCUGGCGUUUGUCUCUGGAAUCUUCUUCAUCCUCUCGGGUCUGGCUCUGGUGGUGGGCCUGGUGCUGUACAUCUCCAGUAUAAAUGAUGAAAUGCUGAACAGGACUAAAAGCAGUGAGGCCUAUUUCACCUAUAAGUACGGCUGGUCCUUUGCCUUCGCUGCCAUCUCCUUCCUGCUCACUGAGAGUGCAGGCGUCAUGUCCGUGUACCUGUUCAUGAAGCGCUACACAGCAGAGGAGAUCUACCAGCCUCGUCACCCCAGUUUCUACCGCCCUCGCCUCAGCAACUGCUCUGACCACUCGGGCCAGUUCCUCCACCCAGAGGCCUGGUCGCGUGGGCGAAGUCCCUCCGACAUCUCGAGUGAAGCUUCGCUGCAGAUGAGCGCCAGCUACCCCGCUCUCCUCAAAUGCCCCGACUAUGAUCAGGUCUCCUCUUCACCCUGCUGAGGUGAAGGGGUUGUUCAUCACAGCAGAGACCAAGUAAAGGUGACUAAAGGGUCACUGAAGAAUCACACAGGGCACAACACACAAGGCCCAAUGAGGACAGUUUUCCUUCAAGACAAAGAUAUUUAACUGUGAGUCUGAUGUUUUUCGGGGAGAAAAAUAUGUGCAGCUUUGACUGUGGCCUAAGGACUUUGGAAAUAGGUCCUUCUGAGCCACUUUUGGCAUUUUAUCGGGUCACAGAUGCUUAUUGGAGAUUUAUUGUCGUAGCAGAACCUGUUUUUUUCUAGGUGAAGGCAAAGUCUACAGCUUUUUAGCAAAAACAAACAAUACCUAGUCGUGGUGUUAUUCUUUCUGCAAAUGUCUUCAAAAUAUAAAAUUAAUUCCAUUUUGAACUUAAUCUGAAAGGGGGGGAAGGUUCUGUAUUUUAGUUUAAUUGUAUCUGUGCAUUUUACCCUUGAGUGCCUCAUAGCUGUUUCUUUUUUUCUCAAUAUCUUGGCUUCCUCAUUUUGUGAUGAAUAAAUAAAUGUUCCUCAUGCUUUAGGUCCUUCUAGCACUUAACUGUGGCAGUACAGAUGUAUCAGGUCACACUGCAAAAAAAACAACCUAACCUCCCACAUUGGGCAAACCCAAAUCUUUCUCCCAAAGCAAACCACCACAGAGCAAAGCCCAGAAGAAAGAAUGAUCCAUCACCACUAUUAAAACUAUCAGACAGCAGAGCAGGUCCUGGAAGGAAACAGGAUCAAGAUCUCCUGUCAAUCCUGCUGAUGUGUUGUUGGGUUUGCGUGUUGCUUUGUAUCCAUGUAGAGAUGCUGAAUCUGUAGGCAAGAAGAGAAUCCCCCUAUGAUGGUUACAACAAUAAUACAUGAUGAAAAUGUUAAUUUCCAUGUGUAAUCAUAUGAGGACUUUUCCAGACUAAAACCAUCUGA